UCGGGCUCAGUUGGUGUUCCGGUUUCGGGUUGUGCUGACAGUUGCCUUUUGCCUCCAUGCACAGCGGCUGAGCGAUUGAGCGAUUGAACGAUUGAACGGUUGGACGGUUGGACGGUUGAGCGGUUGGACGGUUGAGCGGUUGGUCGGUUGAGCGGUGGAGCGGUUGAGAGUGUGCCAUCCGUGCGGAGCAGGAGAGUCCUGUCGCGUUGCCCGUGGUCUGUGCCCGCAUCCGUAUCCGUUUCUCCGUGCGUCUCUCUUCGGGUGUGUGCGUGUGCCUGUGCGUGUACCUACAUGUGUGUGUGUGUGUGUCUGUGCCUGUUGUCUGUCGCUAACGGUGCGCGCGCUUCUGUCUGUGUGAGUGUGUGACUCUGUGCGUGCCCCUGCCUGUGUGUGUGUGCACAACAAUACUAUAUAUCUCUAUAUACUAAUACCAGUGUGGCCCACCACUCACACACGGCCUGCAAAUAUAAUAUUAGAAAUAUCUAUACACAACAAUUCCAGCAGCCGUCGACACGCAUAACACACGCAAUGGAUGUCAGAACUAAAACCGGAUAUCCGAAUAAAUAAAUAUAGAACCACAUACACACACUAAACUAAGCAAUAUUUAAUUUGGUUGAGUGAAAAUUCACAAGAAAAACAACAAAUUUAAUUUUAAAGUUUAACGAGUUGCAGAAAUAAUAUUAAGCCGCGAAAAAUAUUUAAUCGCCGAACUGAAUAAAUCACAAUUCCGAGCGAAACGCAUAAAAACCAUAAAUAAAGCAAUUUUGUAACUAUAACACAGACAAAGCAAACGAAAAAUAAUAAAUAAUAUAUAAUGAUGGUGAAAAACUCAUGAAUAAACAUUUACAGAAAAUUGUAAAUAUUAUUACUGUCAUUUAAGCAUAAUGCAUACAUACAGAAAUUCAAAACAUGUUAUAAAGAAACUAUUUUAAUAUCCAUACCGACACAAUACAAAGACAUAAAUCCAUUUGAAUAAGAAGUGUUCUAUUAUAUAGAGAACUCAUUUCGCAAAUGAAGUUUAAAUCUCGAUAAGCAACCGAAACGCGCACAAGAUUGAUACAAAUUUUUAAUAAUAAUACACUAGAGCAUAAGAACUGCCCAAGAACAGCUAAUUGGCUGAUGAAUUAAAACAGGAUUAAUUCGGAAAUUCCUUGAAAACCUUCGUUUAAACGAAAUUGAAUUAUUCGAUUUAACUCGAUACAUACAUACGCAUAUUUCAAUAAUCGCAUCUAACUAAAUAAUAAUCAUUACUGAACUAAAAUUAAUUGCAUUAACUUCAUUACUUAUCAAACCAAAAAUUCUGGGAGACAAAUUUGAUAAAAGAGUUUGAAAAUUAAUAAUAGCACGCAAGCUAAAAAUAAAUCAAGUUUAAUACACGAAUCAGUAAACGGAAUAGUUAUACAAUUAUUCAACACGAUCAGCUCAAUCCUUCAAUGCCAAUUGGAAAGUAUUUUGAUUGCAUAACAAAUGGAGAAAGGAUAAAAGCCGCCUCUUUUGCGUACUUAAAUAAAGAAGAACUCAAGUAAAUAAAUAGAUACCAAAUGCUACAAAGCACUGCCAUAUACAACUGCAACGGAUUGCAAUAGGACAACUAACAAUUGAAUAGCUCUACAUAUAUAGCAAAAUAAUACGAAAAUAUAGGUUAAUAUAGAAACUACAGAGUAAAAACAAAUCGAAGACCACGAACAAAUGAGAGAGAAAAGGAAAACCAGGAACAUCAACAGAAAAUUAGGAACAUGUAAAAUGCUAUGAUAUUGUAAAAGUCAUUAUGAAAGCAGAAGUUUAAGAAUAAACUUUAAUUGUAAGAAAAAAACGCAAAAAAAUAAUAGGAAAACGCUCUUGUGGUUGUAAAGAAAAUAAGAAGACAAAAGAACGACAUAAUAAUGUUGCAAACAAUAAAACUUAUACUUGCCAUAUUGAUGUAAUAAAGGGAGAAAGUGAAAAGGCGGUGAAAAUUUCAUAAGAUUAGUAGGUAUUAAGGGCCGCCGAGGCACGCAACACAAAAGGGAAUUAAGCCCCCCUUUUUCCGCCCCCCUCCGAAGGGGACAAUGUAAGCUGCAGCAGCUGGAUAAGGCCGAAAAUCCGAAAAUUAAAUUAUUGUAAUCUAGUAGAGAGCAGACAACAUAUCCGCUGGCAACAACCAACACCGAAAGAGACUAUGAAAAAUGCACAACUGAAACUGACUGAAGUUGACGAUGAUGAGCUGUGGCUGGCAGUAAGAUUAGCGCACUGCGGCAGCGGCAGCAGCAGCAACAGCAGCAGCAGCAGCAGCAACAAGAGGCAACACCAGCAACUCACCCAACUGCAACCAAGGAGCUUAAGUACAAAACACCACAGCAUCAUUGCAAACAAGCAGCACAAUAGCCCAGAACAGAAGCCAUCACAAAAAGCGGAAGAUGUAGCCAGCUAUGACCAGCAGCAACAGCAGCACGAGCAGCAGCAGCAGCAACUGCUAGACAGCAACAUGUUGUCGCCACUUGGCUUUGCAGCAGCAGCAAUUGCUGCCGGCGAUCAAGCAACAACCCAACAACCAACAAACAUAAGACUGUGUGCACGCAAGCGACAACGAUUGCGUCGCCGACGAAAAAGAAAACCAGCAACCCUUAAGGAAGCAGCAGCAGCAACAGCAACAGCAACAACUAGCAAUAGCAACAGCAGCAGCAACACGAGCAUCAGCAACAUCAAUCUGCCUGCGACGGCCACCUACAUGCAAUGUCGCACAAGCGAAAAGGACACCAGCAUUCCAAUGUCGAAUCGUGACUCGGCCACAUUCACGCUGGUGUUGCAGGUGCUGCAGGUGUUGCAGGUGUCCCUGCAGCAGUGGCAAUUUCAAAUGCAACAACGUGCGGCAAUCCUGCUCAGGGGGAUUGCGAUCAGCACCACCGCCUUCAUUUCCUAUUUAGGCAGCUUUGCGGCGCAACUGAGGAGCAGCAACAGCAGCAACAACAGCAGCAGCAGCAGCAGCAACAGCGGCAACAGCAGCAGCAGCAGCAGCACGCAAAUAAUCAACGGACUUAAUAAACACUCAUGGAUAUUUUUAUUGAUAUAUUUGAAUUUAUCUGCUAAAGUUUGCCUAGCAGGAUAUCAUGAAAAGAGACUGUUACAUGAUCUUUUGGAUCCUUAUAAUACACUAGAACGUCCCGUUCUCAAUGAAUCGGACCCGUUACAAUUAAGCUUUGGUUUAACUUUAAUGCAAAUUAUCGAUGUGGACGAGAAAAAUCAAUUGCUAGUCACGAAUGUGUGGUUGAAACUGGAGUGGAACGACAUGAAUCUACGCUGGAACACCUCCGACUACGGCGGGGUGAAGGAUCUGAGGAUACCGCCGCACCGGAUCUGGAAGCCGGACGUGCUGAUGUACAACAGUGCGGAUGAGGGAUUCGACGGCACCUACCAGACGAACGUGGUGGUGCGCAACAACGGAUCCUGUCUGUACGUGCCGCCGGGGAUCUUCAAGUCGACGUGCAAGAUCGACAUCACGUGGUUCCCCUUCGACGACCAGCGCUGCGAAAUGAAGUUCGGCAGCUGGACCUACGACGGAUUCCAGCUGGAUUUACAAUUACAAGAUGAAACUGGCGGUGAUAUCAGCAGUUACGUGCUCAACGGCGAGUGGGAACUACUGGGUGUGCCUGGCAAACGUAACGAGAUCUAUUACAACUGCUGCCCGGAACCCUAUAUAGAUAUCACCUUCGCCAUCAUCAUCCGGCGACGGACGCUGUACUAUUUCUUCAACCUGAUCAUACCCUGUGUACUGAUUGCCUCCAUGGCCCUGCUUGGAUUCACCCUGCCGCCGGAUUCGGGUGAAAAAUUAUCACUGGGUGUUACCAUCUUGCUCUCGCUGACCGUGUUUCUCAAUAUGGUUGCCGAGACAAUGCCGGCCACUUCCGAUGCGGUACCAUUGUUGGGUACAUAUUUCAAUUGCAUAAUGUUUAUGGUAGCUUCAUCCGUUGUGUCAACGAUUUUAAUAUUAAAUUAUCAUCAUCGAAAUGCUGAUACGCACGAAAUGUCCGAAUGGAUACGCAUCGUGUUUUUGUGCUGGCUGCCAUGGAUACUGCGAAUGAGUCGACCAGGACGACCGCUGAUCCUGGAGUUCCCGACCACGCCCUGUUCGGACACCUCCUCCGAGCGCAAGCACCAGAUACUCUCCGACGUUGAGCUGAAAGAGCGCUCGUCGAAAUCACUUCUGGCCAACGUACUGGACAUCGACGAUGACUUCCGGCACAAUUGUCGCCCCAUGACGCCCGGCGGAACACUGCCACACAAUCCGGCCUUCUAUCGCACGGUUUAUGGACAAGGCGACGAUGGCAGCAUUGGGCCAAUUGGCAGCACCCGAAUGCCGGAUGCGGUCACCCAUCAUACGUGCAUCAAAUCAUCAACAGAAUAUGAAUUAGGUUUAAUCUUGAAGGAAAUUCGCUUUAUAACUGAUCAGCUACGUAAAGAUGACGAGUGCAAUGACAUUGCCAAUGAUUGGAAAUUUGCAGCUAUGGUCGUUGACAGACUGUGCCUUAUCAUAUUCACAAUGUUCACAAUAUUAGCCACAAUAGCUGUACUACUAUCAGCACCACAUAUUAUUGUCUCGUAGCCAUAUGGGCGAGGUGGUUAUUGUUAUUGGUUUUAUUAUAAAAUCAAUUUGUUAAUUAUUAAAUUAAUAACGAAACUUUUUAAGUAAAUUAAAACUAAAAAACAUUUUAAAAAAGCACAAAAAAAUAGGAAAACACAUGAUAAAAUCCAUUGACUAAAUAAUACAUCCAAAAAAAUGAACUAAAAAAAAUUAAAAACUCGUCUCUGAAAACACAAUAAUUUAUUUAUAAAAAUCUCGUUUAAAAAAUCUUUCAUUAAAAUCAAACAGACACUAAAAAAAGAGACUAAAACCAACAUCAUAUACUAAAAACGUUAAAAACUAAAUAAUUCCAAUUUUCCUAAUUCUAUACAAAAAAUCUAUAUUAUGGUAAACCAAAGAGAUCCCCUCACUUCCCCGCAAGCCCCCACAAGCCAGUAUCUAUAUUUCUUCCAUUGAAUAUAUAUAUACAUAUAUGUUUGACAAGCAAGCAAAACGGGUAUAUUUUCUUUUUAGAGAUUAUAUAUUUUAUAGAAUAAGCGAGGCGUUUUCAUACAAAUAGUCACAUGGGUUUUCGAAACUUUUUUUUUUGGACAGACUUCAAGGGAAAUGCCAGUACUCCAAAGCAAAACAAAAGCCCCCAAACCUUUUUGGAAGACUUCGAUUUGUGAGCUUUAUAGUAGAAAAUGUAGAUGGGGAAAUUUGCAAAGCGUAUAUGAUAUGAAAACCCAACGUUCUAAAAUCUACAGACGGACAACAAAAUUUGUAUUCUUCUUCAGCACUGAAGUCAGUCCAGGGAUUUGUUCCGAGCAACUUUUUGCUAACAGUUAGUACCUAGGCCAAUUAAGCUAUUCCGCCACAUUCCCCUCUCUAGACGAAAACUGCAUUUCCAAAACAGAACCAAUUAACCCUACAUAUCCUACACUGUGUAACUAGUUCGCUCUCCCCACUCUCAUCUUAAGUUCAAUGUCUAACCAAAUGAUAAAUCCAAAACCAAACCAAACCAAACCCCUUAAACUAAAAACCAUACCCCUUAAAGCUUACCAAAACCAAUAGAAUAACCAAUCUGAAUUGGAAUUAAGAAAAUUCAAUGGAAUAUAACAAAGAAAAUGGAAAAAUCAAAAUGAUGCAGAAGUAAGAGUAAUUGACGUGAGGCACAGCAGGUAAUGAUGAGCCCAGAAUUGCGUUCAGUAAAUGAAAUGUGUCCGUAGGACUGCAUUUCAUGUUGACUGGCGUUGCACGAGGAAAUGAAUUUAUGAAAUUAAAUGGUUGCGAGCAAUAAUAUCUGCGUGUUGAUGAAUUGCAUGAUUUUUGGUGAUGCAAACGAUGAUCGAUCGAACUAUUGCGCGAGGUCCACGACAGAGGGCAAGAGUUCGCUCUUUCAGCGCAUUGAGAACAGCGAAACUCUAUACAGUCUAACUUUCGGUAUUACUUUACAUUUAUUUACUUGAUUUUUAAAUUUUUGAUUUUGAAAUACUAAAAGUUACGACACCAGAAAGCAAUUCAACACAGAAAACAUAGAGACAGGCCAAUCAAUCAAUUGGAAAUGAGGCAAACCAACCAGUACAGCACUCGAGAUAUACCGAUACCAAUAACAAUGAACAUCACAAGACCCUAGAACACGUAACAUGCCGGUGCAUGGGUUAUUAUGUGCUGGCCUUAGUAUAGAGCGCACAAAACAUACUUGAUCAGAGACCACAACAACCAAAACAUAUAAACCAAGGAGCUUUAUACAGAUAUACAUAUAUGAUGGAGUUUAGCGUGAGUCAAUCUGACCCAACUUUUCAUAUAUUUGUACCAUACACAAGACACACACACACACUCGGUUGUUCGAUGGCCGGUUAAUCCCAAUAUUACGAAUAUAAACUUAAAGUAUGUUUCUGUCCGCUUACUAGCCAAGCACACAAUUUCAAAAUAACGAAACAAAGGAAUACAAGAAACAAAAAUCUUAAAAAUUAACACGGUCUGGGAGAUCCAUUGCGGAAUGUGUGGGAGAAACUCCAGUUCAAAGACCACCUUAUAAGGGUGAUCUUUAAAUAUCAUUUUUCUCCUGCGUAAUUCCUGGAAACGAUCCCAUGUCCAAGAAUAGAACAAAAAGCAUUACUGCGUUGGUCGAAAUUUCACACUGACUUUUCUUUUCACACAAAAGCAAAGAAAACGUUCGAAAUGGAAUUAGCUUUUGAAUUUUUAAGUUACAGUUAUUCUGCUUCUAAUUGUAAAUCUUGUGCAAUGUAAACAAUCAGAAUUUUUCUUUGAAUAUAAACAAUACGAACACGCCAAAACCAAAGCAAACUAAAACAUAUAGGUCACAGUAAAAAUGCAAAAAAAAAUUCAAAAAUAAAUAAUGGAAAUAUGAUUAGCAACUAAACGAUGUCAUUCAAAUUAGACUAGGCUACACAGAAAUCCAUAAGUUGUUAAGAUUCUAUCCAAAGAGCUAAACAAAUGCAAACUCAACAAAAUAUACUAGAAAUAGAUUUACAUACAACAAUAAAUACAUUUCGAAUAACGAACAAAUCGAACAAAUAGAUAAGGAAAAUUGAGUAUGGGAUGAAUUGGUUUUUAUAAGAUUUGGUUAAAGGACAAUUUUGAACUUCAAUUUAUAUACAGAUUUUGUAUGCCCAACUAUACAAUCUCCUGACUUACUCCUUUUCGGUUGUUUUACUUUUGAACGAUUCAGAAAUAUUUAUAAAUAAGGUUUAGCUUUUGAUAAAAGAUUCGAAAUGUAAAAUAAUAUGAGACCUUGUUAUAUUUUGAUGAAAGGUGAAAUUCUUUUUACAUUUUGUUUUAUGCCCACAAGAAUAGCUUGAAAUGCAAUGGAUCGGAGAAAGUAUCAAUUUGUGGGGACUUUUCUUAAUGUUUUUGAUAAACAUAUAUUUUAUUUUGUAUGCUUUUCCAAUGCGAAUGUCAGUGAGAAAAUAUAACGAUAGAUUUCAAUCCUAACGCUUAAGAAUAUUAAACAAAUAAUAAUAGAGAACAUAGCAAACAAGCUGCCAGCAUGAAAAAUAAAAACAAUAACUAAUUUUAAAUCUUUUAUACAUUUCCAUCAAUUGUGCUUGUUUAAACACAAAAGAAAGCAACCCAAAAGAGCCCAACUGAAAUAUCUGAUGGCCGUUUUCAAAUAGCAAUCAAUAACUGGAUUAUGUUCAACAUCCAAUUAGCUGAAGUUGAACAAAAGUUUUCAUAUAAGCAAUUUUUAAAGAAAAAUGUCACCCCAGUAAAUAAAUACAUAGGAAAUAAAAUGGCUCUCUGGGCUGAAUUAAUCGGCAACAUUAGUCGAGGCCAUGCAAUGGAGCAAGAUUAUGGAAAUUAAACUAAUAAAGUUCUAGUGCAUAAAAAGGACAGUUUGGAAAAUAGUUCUUCAUCAACCAUUAAAUACACAGUUUAUACAUAGAUGUGUAUAUUUACAUGGAUACGUAUAUACUUCUUUUUACACAGACAAACAAGUAUAUAUAUAAAUAUAUAGUAUACUAUGUAAUAAAUUAUAAAUGAAAAUAUUUGAAGCAAAUGAUGAAACUUUUUCCUACAACUAGUUGCAUUUAAAUGAAUUUUAAAAAAAUAUACAUAAAAAGUAUAUAUUUCUUAAAAAAAAAAAACAAAAACCAAACUCCUUUCUCUAUUUAAAAUAAAAAACGAAAAACACACAAAACUUCAAAUUAAUAUUUAAUUAGUCAUUUAAAAAGGGUUUAUAAAAAACCAAAAUCAAGCGGGAUGAAAUCGUAACCUAGUAAAUAUUUAAAUUAAAUUAAUUUUAAAAAAGUGAAAAAGAAACAAAGAACACAGAAAACAAAAGAAAAGCGCUGAUUUUUUAUGUCGUUAUUAGUAUUUAAAUUUAAAUAAUUGCGUAUAAAGAAACAUACAGAAUUAACUAAAGAACACAAAAUAUAUGACAUAAAAAAUUAGAAGAAAAUUUAAAUUGGUCAUUUUGACCUAAAUAGUAAAUUAUAGAAGAAAAAAUAAAAUAAAAGUUGAAAGGAAACAAUGAAGAAAAGAAAAAGAAACCCGAGUAAAGCGAUUGUAAAAUUUUAACUAUUAUUCAAUAAUAAAAAUUCAAAAAGAAAAGAUUUGACAGAAAUACCAAAAAAAAGAAAUUAGGUUUUAUUCUCAACAAAAAGAAAUGAUUCUUCGCCAAGGACUUGGAUGAUGACAUCAAGGACGAAGGUGAUCCUGCUACCCACUCAUGGAAAGGUAAAUUGUGCUAUUCUCUAGAAACUGCUGCGAGUUAGGCUUAAGAAACCAAUAAAAAGACACUCUCAUAUACAUUUAAUAAAAAUGUAAAUAUAUUGUAUCAAUGUUCAUAAAAACUAAAUUCAUAUUGUCAUAUACUCAUUGCAAAACAACACAUUGUUCCCUGUAAGCAUCAAUACUUAGAUUACGUAGUAAUUACGCUGUAACAAAUGGACAUGAACAUCAUUAACUGGAAAAAACAAAGAUAAAACAAGAGCGUUUGACAUUUAUAUUCAAAGUGGUAAAAUUUCACAACUGAUUUUUGAAACACAGAUGUUUUGGCAAAUUUUACUGAAGGAAAAUUCUGAUCCCUGCGCAGUUUGUCAACAACCAGCUGAAAGCCAAAUUAAAAUCCAGUUCCUUCUUUACGAUAUUCCCAUAACAGAAAUAAAUAUAUAACAAAUAAAUACAUACAGCUGGCCAAACUACUGAUUCAAAAUAAAAACAGCCGAAGGAAUGCUGCGUGUAUGUAUACCAGAUUGUUUUAAUUUUUCCCUUGUGGAAAGUUAAAAUUGUAAGAAAAUGCCCUUUUUUUAUCCCGAAAUUUUGGCAUGUUUUCUUUAUAUCCUUCUUCUAUUUAUUUCCCAA